CCGAAAAGCCAAUCUGUUACCGAAGGAUACCCUGUAAACCUUAGUUGCGUAGCCUCAGGUAUUCCAACACCAACCUUCGUCUGGACUUUUAAUAAUGGUGACCUGCCAUCUGGUAUCAAUCAAACCGAUCACGAAGAAGAAUCAUUCCUAGUUUUGCCAAGUGUCAUGAAAAGGAUGAAUGGGACUUACAAGUGUACAGCAAAAAACAAAGUAAACACAACCAGUUCCUCAGCAACUCUGCGUGUUUAUGGUAAGUUCAGUUAUAAUGAUAUUGAUAAGGAUGAUGAUGAUGAUGAUGGUAACGACGACGAUGAUGACGUUGAUAAUGACGAUGAUAAUGUUGAAGAUGAAGAACAGAAAUAGGGAGAGAAGAAAUUAAGACAGGAAAAUGAACUCGUAAAUCCAUGGGCAAUGUCGACUGAGAAAAGGCAGUAGCGUAGAGAGAGUUUAGGCAAACUCUGCCCAUUUAUAGAGAAGGCAGAUCACGCUAUCUAACGGUUAAAUAUUUAUCCGGUCAAUGUGUGAUAGUAAAACGUAAAGCGUUAUCCACUAGAUAGAGUUUUAUUUUGUGGAUAGUGUUAUCUACCCUUCAAACGACCGGGGUCUGACCUUCAAAAAACGGAUGAUACCAGUGCUUAAUGCUAAUGUCCUUGGAUCUUUAUGAUUCCAAACGCAAAGAACUGCGUAGAUCUGAGUAGGAAAGAAACGCCUCUGUCCUAUCCAGCUAUCCAGAUAGCUCUCUAUCUGGAUGGUUGGUGAUAUUAAUUUUUAUUUUUAAUGCCGACCAGCAAAUUACUUUCCCACUAAGUUUCCUCUAUUGUUAUAUAUCAGGAAAAAUAGAGGCUCCCUCCAGCGGCUCACCUCCCUCCAGCAGCUCACCUCCCUCCAGCAGCUCACCUCCCUCCAGCAGUUCACCUCCCUCCACCAGCUCACUGGAGUGGUACUACAUUGGAGGACCUUUGGCUGCUAUCGUUUUUCUACUGGCGCUAAUUUCGUACAUUAAAAAACGCCGUGAGACAGGUAAAAUGUUACUAUACGAAAAUAAAAUGUCUUCAUAUGGCAGAUUGUGGCUUUUAAUACGUCAGUGUCUUGGAGCACGAAGGAGCUAUCUUAAGCAGGUCAUAUUCUGCAUUUCCAGCACUGAUUUUGAAGGUCCCUCUACAGUCCCGGCAAAGCCCAUUACUAAUCACAUAACAAAAAACGUUAUAAAUUAUAUGAAACUAAUUACCAUGAUAACGCACCUUAUUCCUUCUCCUGUUGUUUGACAAUAGAGUCAAAUAUAAGUUACACGUGGUUUCUGAGUCGCAAGCUUCAACUUAGUGAAUGAUGUCAUUCUUACUCACAACGAAGCGAUUUCUUUCAUCUCUUUCCAUAUAUCCUUUGAUAAUAGCCCCACCUGAGGUACCACCCAGACUGCAGUAAGUGAAUUCUCUUUUUUUUUAAUGCUCACUGUUUGAACGUGUGGUUAUUUCCGAAGUUUCUAACUCUUGAAUAAGUCUCAGGAGAGUAGUGAUAAGCGCCACUGCUGAGCAAAUGUCUUUUUAUCAGUUUUUCAGUUUGGACUGAUUAUAUUCACCAUCAAGACCACAUGGGCCAAAAUAAAAUUUUUUUUUCCUUUCGAAGCAAUGGCAGAUUUCGAAGCCGUUCUUAUCCAAUGGUAUCUUUGUAUCUUUCUUUUCUUUUGUUACCAGUAUGCCGGGUUGUGGGUGGCAUACUUGUAAAGAAGAAGAAAAGCUUUGACCCUUCGUCACUCUUUGUUACAUAAACUACAAUUGAAAUGCACUCGGAGUCUUUUAGACCGAUUUAAAAUACCACUCGAUAUAUCGAUUGUAGACAAUACUUCGGAUGGUUUUAAUUAGUAUUUCAUUUCUCGCGUUGGAGGCACGAUAUUUAUAUGAUGUAAAAUGCCGAAAAACACAGUCGGCGCUAGGUUUAUUCAAUAAAAUCUCCUCUCUGAGUCGAUGCGUCGAAAAAACGGGUUUAGCAAAUUAGCAUCAAAAUUUCACUUAUUUCAAUAAUUUUUUCAUUGGCAAGUGAUAAUUUUCUGAAGCACCCGGAAAUGAAACGAAAAGAAAUAAAUUAAAGUGAAGAUAUAGAGGAUAUCUUUACCACGUUAUGUUAAACCAGAUUCAAAGAAGGAAAAGAUAGAUGGGUAACAGAAAUAGUUGAAGUCUUGUUUCCAUCUGCAAUUAUUCAGUGAAGGGGAAGAUGAAGUUGAGAUGGAUCAGCUGAACGCAAACACAGAUGGAUGGGAAAUUGCAGUUGAGCGCCUGAACUUUCGCGAGUAUAUUGGCAAAGGGGCAUGUGGUUCAGUAUGGCGAGCGCUACUGGGUCGUUCUCGAGGCAGACCUGGAAAUCGCACGGUUGCUGCGAAAUGCUACCUACGUAAGUACUUUUUCAGAUCUUUCUUUCAUACAAAGCUUGAUUAAACUAUCCUUUUUUAAUUUAUCUUAAUAAAGAGUAUUUCACUUAGAACAUGCUUUAUUUACGUACCUGAUACAUAACAUGGAUAGCAUAAAAACUACGCGUUGUUAAAAUGAUUUUCCAGCUGGCAUGUCAAAUUGUUGGCGGAUGGUUCCCGGGGGACCAGUUGUUAAGUCUUUUGUCAUACAACCCUACUAACACACAACAGAACACGAAUAUCAUUUGAAGUAUUAGAAGCUGUGGAGAAAAAUUACAAAUUUAUCGGUUAAAUUGCAUUCAAACGAAUAAAAGCGGAAAAUACUAUAAUACUGAAAAUGUCACUCCGUCGUAUAUUUUGUGAAAUUGCUCGCUUAUAAACUUUUGAUAGGAAAUAAUAUCAUGUGACCUCAAAGAAACCUCGAGAGGGUGAGUCUGGCGAAAAACACUCGGAGCCGUUUGCCAGUCUAGUGGUGGUGGUAUGAUCUUCUUCCGCUGGAAAAGCUGAAAAUCACAAUGCAAUAGAACCUGUAUGAAGCAGUCAGCUUGUAAUAAGCUAUCGGUUUUCAAAGUCCCGAAACUUUCCUCCUUUACUUAUAGUGCUUUUUAUUUCAAGCAGUUGUGGUCACCCUUUACUGUGGCCCAACAGCCUAUUUGUAAUGUUCCCCACCUUUAUCGAACGGUCACUAAAGCGGGAGUAAUCAAAUAAAAUUAAGAAUAAUCUUUCAAGUGAAAUUUAAUCCAUGUUUAUCUCCCAAAAUCAAUGUUAGGAAUAUUUUUGAGCGAGGUUAAGUAUGUUAAGUGGUCCGUGAUGACAUAGGGUGGCAUUUUUAAACUUUUAUCAAUAGUAGCCCUACUCCGAGGAACCAAUAUUAAACGGUCAACCAUUUUCCGUGCGUGACCGCCAAAUACAGGUUCGACUGUAACAAGCUUACAGAGUCAAAUGAAUUUACAAUAACUCUGGGAAUGCUUACGAAUUAUUGUAGCUUUUAAUAAGAUAAAAGCAAGGAUUAUCUAAUUUAUGAACUAGCAUGUAUUUGCAGCAUGUGUUUAAAAAAAAAACUGUCUCAAAUAUAUAUUCGACCGACUAUUAGGUAUUAUAACAGAUAGAAUUUCUAGGCUUAAUUGCGUCUCUACUUUUGUAAGUUAUCUGUCAACAAUUGCAUGGUUCAAUGGGCUUGCCUAGUUAACAACAAUGCUCGAGAUGUGCAGCGUUUUCUUAGCAAAUAAUUUUUUCAACGAGGAUGAAUCUAUUUUGGAAAUUUCAUGUUCAAUACAAUUGAAAAAUACGGCUAACUGACAUUUUUGUGGCAAGUAUAGAUUAUAUGGAGUUUAGUAAACUAAUUUUUUUUUAUGUAGACCAAAUGCAUUAUAAUUUGCGCUGGUAAUAUAACACCAAGCAUACAACAAUUCCAGAUGUGGAUGUUUACCACAUAAUUAAUUGUGUCUCUCUUGACAUGCAAAGUUUGUUUGUUUAUCUAGUUUUUGUGUGGUUUCCUAGCAAUCUCCGGAGAGAAAGGAAGGAAGGCCCUGCUGAGAGAGAUCGAGUUAUUAAAACUCUUUGGAAGGGAGGGCCAUGAAAAUGUUGUUAAGUUCAUUGGUUGUGUCACAGUUGGAGGUAAUCAGCUAUUGUUAUGAUUAUAAUCAGCUAAUUCACAGCAACGAUAGAAACAUCUCUGAGUUCAACCACUGGUACAAUUACUUCUAUCAGUAUUCUUAGUCCUUGCUAAGAUGGUGUACUAAUUCAAUGGUUAUUUUCAAUUUUUGACUGUUUUAAAUGAAUUUACUUCGCAUUGUAUGAGGGGCAUUUUACUUGGAAGAUGUUAGCUCUAAAAUCUACAUGUUAAUUGUAAUAAAAACUUCAACUUACGAUGGCAAGUCUUUGUCUAUUUAUCUGCCAUCUCUGUUUUUUGUCUGUCUGUCUGUCUGUCUGUCUGUCUGAUUUCUAUCGGCCGUAUUUGUCCGUCUAUUUUCUAUCUGUGUGUUUUUCUUCUUUCACUUUCCCUCUCUGUCUCUACUUUGAUUCAUUAUAGAUAUAACUUGAGGUAUGACUAGAUAAAGCAUGUACAAUUCAAACACGUUUUGGAACUUCUGCACUGCUUGCCGUAAAAUAAUUUUCUUGUUUUUCCUUUUAGCUCAGCCAAUACUUAUUAUGGAGUACCUGUGGCGAGGUGACUUGCUGGGUUAUCUCAGAAAAUCCAGGGGGGUUUUCGACCAAUAUCAUCAUGGGGUCGGAAUUGUCGACCACUUGACAACAUAUGACAUGGUGCUGUUUGCUAAACAGAUCGCACAUGGUAUGACUUUCCUCGCGUCCAGAGGGGUAAGUGCUCAAACUCUUUCUGGUUAGCAUGUGGUCCUGCAUGUGAUAAAAUGGCAUGACUUGCAAAUCGUCAAAAAGUUAUACUCCAUACGGCUAAAAAUAUCCAGCAGAUUAGAGUCACUAUUUCACAGAGAAAUGGUCUGACAUUAGCAUGAUGUUAAACUUUCUACCUAUAUUUUACUUUUUUUUUUUUUAUGUAGUUUAUAAAAGUCCCUUUUAGCAGAUCAUAUAAUUAUUUGUUUUCGAUUUCAGAUAAUUCAUCGCGAUCUUGCAGCUCGUAACAUUCUUCUUGAUGAGCAUCGUGUCUGCAAGUUGACUGACUUUGGGCUCUCUUAUCAGGAUUUCAAAUACGGCCCAGGAAAUGCCAAGAAGGUAAUUUGCAGAAUUUUUUCAUCAUUUAGUCAAUUGGUUUUGGGGCUGCUGGUACGGAAGAUAAAAAUGUGAAGAAUUAAAAUAUUACUGUCCUUACAAACCUUUCUUUUCAGUUAUACAGUCUUACUGCAAAACAUAUGUCCCUUUAAUGGGAAGCCAUUCUAAGCGUAUCGAAGCUUUCACAGAAAAAAAAAAUUAUACCAAGGGAGUAAACACAGGAAAUAAGAAAGCCGAAAGAGAUAUUGAUCUCUGAAUAACAAAGAUACAAACUCGAAGGGCAAAGUAACACAGGAAAUUUAAAGCAAAAGGAGUGUCUGAAUUGUUUUCAUAGAAUUUGUAUAAAGGUGUCUACUGCUGUUGACUUUAUCGUGAAUCCUCACAUCACGGUUUUAAUCUAAUAUGCAAAUUAUUUUAGGAGCUGUAUACAAGCCUCUUUAGAUUUCAGAUGUUUAUAAUAUUUUGGUUACUCAUCCAGGGAUGUAUCCCAAUCAAAUGGACUGCACCCGAGAUUCUCUCUGGACAUGUGGAACAGCUGUCAACCAAAAGCGAUGUGUACGUACUGUAUUGGUUAUUAUCUACAUAUAUUCCGAGAGUGAAUAUUUUUUACGAUUCUACCUUAACGUAGCGAGGGAAACUAGAAUAUUCAGUGCUCUAUUGAUUAGAGAGUUAUUAGGAAACGUUAAGCUGAGGAACAGCUGAGUUUACAGUUGUAGUAUGAGACUAUAUGAAUAUUAACUUUAACGACCAAUAUCCAAAAUUUGAUUAGGACAAGAAAAGACGGAUGAAAGGAUGAGUGGAUAAUCAAACUAAUAAAUAUGGCGUUUUCUCUUUGGGAGGUUGCUUAUAUCUUGAUGGCAUGUUUUUAAACAUCCCAAGUAUCUGAGUAAUUAUUAUCUUUCUACGCCAGUUGAGAUAUAUCGUCAUCCUUCCAUUUCUUUGACAGGUGGUCCUACGGCAUCGUCUUGUAUGAAAUCUUCACUGUCGGUACUUAACUUAUUUGUUACUUUAUAUUCAGGAAAUAUACUUGCCGAAAUUGCAUGCAUAAUUACUAACUGAUGAGUGAUACCGAGUGGACAAAAGAGCAUUGUACAAUAGAGAAGUAGAAGCAACACUCAAUGUCGCUGAUAAAUAAAGUCAUGACGAUGCAUAGCAACUUGAAAUAAAGUUUAAGUAGAACGGAAAGUAUUUAGUACAUUAUUGAAAAACCUUAAAUCCAUUGCUACACUUAAAUUUGUUUUUUUUACAAUACUCUUUCAUCUGAUAUAAAAACGAAAUGUAUUUCAGCAAUUAAUUGUCGUUUUGACAGAAGAAUCAUUUCGAUCGCGCUGAGAGGAAUGAAAGUGAUUACAACAAAAAAAGUGUGCUUUUUUGGCCAACAGAAAAAAACCAUUAUUUUUCCACAGGAGGCAUUCCUUACGAUGGAUGGUCUCAAUCCACGACAAUGAAAAAAAUCGAAGAAGGUUAUCGUCUGCCAAAGCCUGAACAUAUCGACGACAGUUUGUAAGUGUUGCUUCCUCUGUGUGGCAUGUCAUAUAAGUCAAAAGCAACAUCGAUUGCUGCUGUGGUCAGGUGUUUUUGAUACACUCGCUCUGAAUAAGUAGCCUUCCUAAGAAAUUAAUUUUAUCUUGUCACUACAAAAAUUAAAAUGAAAAGUUAUUGAGUCAAAUAAAGAAUACGAUGGGUUUUUCAUCACAGAAUUCGUUUGAGCUGCAAUGUAAUGAGAUAAACCUAGCAUUUCAGUUAUUUUUGUAACUAGUUGUGGUUUCUCAACUUUGCUACUUGCAAUAUGUCCCUGUGUUUUUCUAUAGAUACGCGGUGAUGUUAAACUGCUGGAAAUACGAAAGCGCCAGCCGGCCACACUUUGUGAAGCUCUACCAAACAAUGGAUACAUAUAUUAAAACAAAGGUUUGCCAUACAGCGUCUAAUUCAGGAUAAACUUCAGAAAUUGAAAUUGGUAUCCUACCAAGUCAAUUGGGAAUUUCUUUGUGAUGUCAGUGUAGGCGCAAGAAUUUGUAUUAUCAUUUUUUGUUAGUGUUGGUGUUUCAUAGUUUCGUGUUAGGUGUUUAUUUUCUCGUCUUCAUUAGUGUCCUUUGUCAGUUACCAGUUUUGUACUUGUUAUAUUUAUUUGCAUAUCGUAUAUAUAUUGGUUGCGCGUAAUUUAUUUGGUUAGUUGUCUAGUUGCGAAAAUUAUCGUUACAUAUCUAGCUCUGGGUUUCAUGUUUUCGUCUUUGGCUUGGUCACAUUCGUCUUUUAGCGUAUUCAACAAUGUGUCAAGUUUGUUCUAGUAAAGUUUGAAAUGCGAGUGAUUAGCGUUUGCGGCUAUAGUCAGAACGCAUUUACAACCCAGCCACUAACAAUUUGUGAAUUCAGUUUCAUCAUGAACCAAUGUUACUUUUAAACAUACGCAAGUGUGGUUACGUCAUGUCAGUCUGGAUCAUCCUUAUUUUCCCUCUGUUGUCUAUGCACAAGAAAGAACGGAACAGAUCGUAAAAUAACACUUUUGGAAAACUUUGACAGAAAGGAAGACCUUACCUGACUUUUAUUCUUAUCAAUUCAUGCAAGUACUAAUGGUUCUUGUCUUUGUGAUUGAUAUCUGAUCUGCUCUUUUUUUUCUUUUUAGUGACUCAUUUUUGGAAUUUCUUUGUUGAAUUUUUGAAAUUCAUUCGUUCAAGAUUUUUUAACUCAUGCAGUUCCUGAUUACCUUCUAAUAUUUUUCAUAGACAUAUGUAGAUAUCUUUGACGAUGACAAGUAUGAUCAGGAUAAGUACAACUCUGUCGAUGACCGUGGAGCUGUUGCAAACCCAGAAGAUGCAGGACCGGACGAGCUAGGAGCAGCUGCAGCAAAUCCCAUCAGUGAAGUGGGUGAACACGAUGCUACGGCACAUCCCUUUCUGGUUGCAGUGGACGAUGAUGCUACAGCUUUCCCUCUUGGAAUUAACGUAGGAGACGAAGGAGCACCUGCAACAAAACCCGACCGUGAAGUGGGUGAACACGGUGCUACGGCACAUCCCUUUGUGAUUGCAAUAGACGAUGGUGCUCAAGCUUUCCCUUUCGCUAUUAACGUACCAGAGAAAGAGGCAGCUGCAGCAAAUCUCUCCCAUGAAGUGGGUAAGCACGCUGCUGCUGCACAUACCUUUGUGGUUGCAAUUGACGAUGGUGCUACAGCUUUCCCCUUCGCUAUUAACUUACAAGACAAAGAGGCAGCUACAGGAAAUCUAGCCCGUGAGGUGGGUAAGCACGGUGCUACGGCACAUCCCUCUAUGGUUGGAAUUGACGAUGGUGCUACAGCUUUCCUUCUCGGAAUCAAAGUAGGAGAAGAAGGUUGCGCAGCAUACCCAUUUGAGAGUGAUAAGAAAAAUAUGGAUGCCCCAGCUUACCCUUUGGAGAGCGAUACUUUACCAUACCUUAGCGAGAACGAGGAAGGAGAUGUUGAUGAUUCCGAGUGCCCUCUUGCGAUUGAGGAAGAAGAAAUUGAUGACUCCGAGUGCCCUCUUGCGAUUGAGGAAGAAGAAAUUGAUCCUUUACCAUCCUCCCUGGUGAUGGACGAAAACGGUCUAGCUGCUUCAGCAUGCCCCCUUGUGACUGACGAAGAAAAUUCUGAUUCUUUAGCAUGCCCCCUUGUGGUUGAGGAAGAAGAUUCCAAUAACUCAGCAUGCUCCCCUGUACCUGGGGAAGAAGAUUUGGACGCUACAGGAUACCUUUCUGUUACUGAAAAAGAAGAUCCUACCUCUUUUGCACACUCCGCAAAUGAGGUGAAUAAACCCGAUGCCUCACCAUUCCCUUAUGUGAUCGAGGAACCAGAUCUUGAUUCUUUAGAAUACAAUCCUCUGAUCGAAAAAAAAGGCCUCAGUGAUUCCGUCUUCCCUCCACAAACCCCGACUGAUGACGAAGAAGGUGUAACAAGUGAACCUGAAAAUAACGUUGGUUAUGAAGGUGCUGUAGCAUUUCAAUCUGAAAAGGAGGCAGUAGAAGAAGAACCUAAGACUUGCCAACUAGAGAACACGAAGGAUGAACAAGACGAUCUUGGAAACAAUAUGGACGACAAAAGUGAUGCUGUAGACCUUCUUGAAGGGGAGGCUGGCGCACAAGAGUAUGAUGGUAAUCAACUUACUGUUGCGGAUACAGACGAAACUGGAAGUGACGAAGACGAGGAGUCAUCUGAAGCAACUCCUCUUGUGCAGGACUGA